UUGUGGAGCUUGGUGCGCGACUCUUAAAGAAACAUAAUUAGCCAAACUAUAAUAAAGCACAAGUGGUACUACAUUAGUUGGACAAAGACAUACAUGCUCGUUGCAUGCAUGUCUCCAUCCAAACUUUUCCAUCCUGAAUCCCAAACUUCACCCCACUCCUAUCCUCGUCUAAACAACCCUUGAAGAAGACAUUCCUGAUCUCACCUCAGGAGGAAACGUGGAAACAUUUUCAUCAUUUUAAUAUCCCAGGGAUAAAGUUAGACAGACAGAAGCCACCCAGAGUGCAUGUUGGCCACAUAAACCAAGAAGCUCUCAGCAGAUGUGAUUACUUUGUGGUUUAGCAAAAACAAGUCAGGUUUUAUGGUGUUUGCAGUUUCAGUUUUUCACAAGUCAGGAGAAAAGACAUUUCAAUCACGAAGAAUUAACAGCGAUUAUCACCGACAAUGACUGCCGCAGUCGUCACUGUGAUUGUUGUUCUCUGUCUCUGGUACGAGGCAGAUGCAAAGUUUUUUAAUAGGCCCAGAUGCCAAUGGGAAUACCAUAUGGACAAAACAUACACCCCUCCUCGAAAGAAGCCUCUUUGCUGCAGGGAGGUGGGAAAUUGCAUUUGCACCUCGCCGGACCUUUUUGCCUUCCCUGCAGACAGAUCUUUCCCUAGAUGUCGCAGCGGCCAAGACGAGAAGGUAGAAGCCGUGCAACACUGCGAGAAAAUGUGGGCUGGAAACGGUUUCUGCUGUCUUAAAACUAAGGACUGCGAGUGCUUGAAAGAUGUCAGAAUGAUAUGCGGAGUACCUGCCGAGGCGAGGUUGAAACCGGAAAGCAAACCGGUAGAUUCUGGCCAAACGACAACACCAAGUGGUGAAGUUGAGGUUUUGGGAGUCAGGAAUAUUAUCCCACCUUUUUUACCCGACGGAGUACCAAGGAUCUUUAAGGAAAGGGCACAGAGCUGUGGUAUUAGCAUCAUCAUGUAUGGUAACAAGACCGGCUACUGCUGUCAAAAACACGCGUUUUGUGAAUGCCAGAAAACAAGAACCGGACGAAUGGCCAUAUGCAAUGAAUAUUUGUACUUUUACUUCAAACUUUAACUCAUUGGCAGGGGUUUUGCAAGCGCUUAGAAAGAAUUAUGUUGAUAAAAUGCGACAUGCCAGAGAAAAUCUAUGAGAGCAAAACGUUUUCACUUUUUUUUUAAAUAAGGACUUCUGGUGUUGUGGGAGUAAAAGAAAUAUUGGCGAUAUUGCAUAAAAAACUCAAGGAGGUAUCUCACAAAAUACUUCAUGUUUACUGAUGGGAUGUGAUUCAAAGUCCGACUUAUUAUUAACAAUAUCAACUGAUAUCUAGAAUCCUAUUAUUUGGAUUAAAAAAAACUUAUAUUAGUAUUUUGGUUCCCAAGUGAUUCUGAAUUCUGCAAGUUACAAUGGACUCCUCUUUCUGAUUUACUGUUUUAACAUACAAAGGCCGUGCCCGUUGUUUUAUAUUUACUUUUUUUGAAGAACACUAUUUGCAUUUUUUCGUCUGCCAGUUCAUUUUCAGUAAUUGUCGUACUCGGCAUCCGAAUUUUGCGAGGUAAACACGGUGGAUACCAUUGGUUUCGGUCACAGCUCUACGGACUUGCGGUUUCUGGCGUUUGAAAGCCCUCCAUUUAUUCUUUAAAAAUGUCUGUACGAUUAUGGUGGUUAUACUAGUCACGUGCUAUUUAAUGUAAUGAAGUGACCACAGUGCAACCAAACAAGCCCUUAACUGGAAAUGAAAAAAAAAAUCCACAGAGCAGGCAAAAAAAAAAAAAAA